AUGGAGGAGCUGCAGAAGAAACGGCGAAAGCUGAACGAUGAUCUGCAAGUAGCGAAGAAAAGGGCCCUGCCUCAUGGGUCCUUUAACGCCGAAUACUGGACAAGAACUGCGGAGGUGGAAGAGAUCCUGUUAGAGCGAACGAAGCUCGAUCGGGACUUUUCCCAGGGAUCAUUCCCGGGGACAAAAGCAGAAUGGGAGCAGACAGAAGAGGCCAAGAGGCUGUUUGAAUCUCUCCGGGCACAAGAGCGAACGGCCCAUCAAACACUGUGGUGUCCGAUUUUCGGGAUGUAUUUCGAGAAAGAGCUUAUGAGAGCCAGCCAUCUAUUCGCCUAUAUGCACGGCCAGGAGACGAUGGACGCGAUCUUCGGCAAAACCGACCCGCCCGAGCUCUUCUCGCCAAAGAAUGGCAUUCUGAUCUUCUAUGAGAUCGAGGAGUUUUUCGACCGUGGAAAGCUGGUCAUCGUUCCGGAUAUCCCCGAGCGGCCAAAGAUGGAAGAGUUGUUCUCGUGGAUGCAGAAGAAGCCACGAGAGUAUAGGCUCAAACUCAUCGAUCCUACCUGGGAUCAAACCGAUCGGCCAAUUUUCUCAGUGAUAGAUUCUACAUGGAGGGAUCUGGAUGGCAAGAGACUCCAGUUUCGAACCCCCUUCCGGCCAUCCGCGCGCUAUCUUUACUAUCAUUAUUGCCUCCAGAUCCUUCGACGUGCGUGGCAGAAAGGUGACAAAUCCGUCGCUCGGUCGACCCCCGGGAGAUAUCUCCCCAAAAAUAUGCUUCUCGCGUUUGUGGAAGAGCUCGGACAUGAAUAUAGGGGCCUCCUGGAUGGGGCGAGGGGCUCCACUGGGGAACCAGGGGGUUUGCUGGAGCGGAAGCGACUGCGGGACUACGGCCUGUGGGAAGACCCUCAAGACGAUGACGAUGACGAUGAUGACGAUGACGAUGAAGAGGAGGAAGACUAG